CCUUUUAAACAAAAUUAUUUAAAUUAUUUAAUUGAAUGUUUAUUUUUAAAUAUACUUUUAAGGACCUAUGUCCGUUAAACUGUAGUUUAUAAGUAAUAAAAAUAAAAAUAUGAUUUUACGAAAUGGUGGUGGGACAUAUUAUAAACAAAAUAAUAAAUUAUUUUUACUUCGAUUUCAGUUGCGUCAAUUUGAACAAUCUGUGCAAACAUUGCAUGAAAAGAUUGACAAAUUGUAUAAAGACCAGAGGACAGCAACAGAAACGAUUGACGAUAAAUUAAGGAGACUCGUGAGCGAAAUUGCAUCGAUAAAAAGUUAUUACUAUACGUCGAAUACGAUGUUUCAUGACUUUGAAAAAAAAUUGACUUCUAUAAAAAAUGACACUGAAAAUUCGAUUCGGAAGUGUCGGUCACUGAAAGCCUGGAACGAAACCCUAGAAAGAGAUGUAAUGAAGAAUACUUUAAGCAUCAGUGCAUUGUCGUUGGAGUUGGCUAGUUGCCAUGACUUUGGGUCAACUAGAAUGCCCUCCCCCGAUAACCACGGUUGCAGUCGACCAGAUACAUUCGGAGUUUCGGCGGUGAGCAAUAAUAAGUCUUUGGUGCCGAAACCACCGGAUACGAAUUUGGUACCAACGACACCAUUUCCACCACCCCCACCACCGGCUCCUAAAGCGGCACCGCUGCUGCCGUCGACGGCACGGAAUACGCCAAAACCUAUGAACACAGUUACCGGUGAAAAAGUAUAUUAUCGCAUUCCGAUCACGACGGACAUUUUAAAAUCCGUUGUGCUUAAACCACCCGGCGAGAGGAAUCGCAAACACUGAAUUUUUUCCUAAAUAGUUUUAAGUUGCAUUGCGCAAA